GUCGCUUACCAGUUUAGAUCAUCAGAUCUUUAUUUCAACGGCCUGGAGAUAAAUAUGCCUUGAUUACCAUUUCCUUAAUGCACAAUUCUCUCAGCGGCUUCAGCUCCUAUGAGUUCGGCCUCUACAAAGCUGUUUCUCAUCAAAAUAUUCCAAUUUCACAUAAGACCCGCAUAAUGGCUGCGAACAACUCUGCAGGAUUCGGCUCACACAUCUCCGAGGGCUGCCCAUGCGGAGGCCUUGUGAAUGCCUCCGUCUCUAGCUCAAAUCCUUUUUGCCAGGAGCCCGUCAUAUCCUCAGUGUGGCUUGAACAGGGCGAAUAUUUCUUUGACGAUGAAUUUUCCCUCCCAUUAGAUACCCAUUUCAACGGAAAUCUCUCUGGGCAAACUCCGAAUGGUAUGACAGUUUCUCUUGAUGCACAUUUGUCUUCGUCUCGCGCUCCAUUGCAGCUUGAUCAAUCUUACUGCGAUUCGUGCAUUUGUACUCCUGGAGACUCUGGAGAAAUCGACUUGACUAGCGCCGAUAAUGAACGAGUACCGUCUAAUCUGUGCUUCGUUGAUACCCAAGACCACUCUGGUGACCAAACCGGCCUUCUUAACCAGUCCCUUGUAAGCGAAUCUGGCCCGAUCAUUGACCAUUCACUCACCAAUCUGCACCCUCAAAACGAUGAAGAAAAAUCAUCACUUGGGCGACAACCAUCUUACGGUACCUCUCUACAAUCCGCUAGUGGCUCACAAAUUUCUGGACAGUCUUGUUCUGCUAGUUGGAUGCAAAUGGUAAUGGAACGGUCCUGUAACCCCGAUCUAAAGGCCCUUCUGAGCCGCGCAGCCGCUGCGAUUGAUUAUAAAUUGGUCUAUGGGGACAGCCUUCCAAUGGAUUCUUCCACGAGUUCCUUCUUACGACAGUUGAUUUCAGAGAAGACGGAAGCAUUGAACAAGGUAAAUUCGUAUGCAAUCAGCCGCUCAUUAAGCCAAGGUAAUUUGUUUGCUGCUGCGAGUUUAGCUGGCCUACGUCUGGCAUUAGAUCAAGCAGCGAAGUUUUUGCCAAAGCCUGAUGACACAAAUUCUCCAGGGAGGACGGAUGUUACACAAGCUAAUACACAGAUGCUCACAGAUGCGAACAUUUCUGGUUCAGGCGAUUCUAAUCAUCCGAAUACAACAACAUGGGCUCAGAGGCAUGGUAGUCGCGAAAGUUUAAAACGCCUAAGCUCCAAAUUGAAGGAAACAAGCACCACUGCUGUGACUAGACAGACCAACGCAGAUGUCCCUCCUUCGGAUCAAAAUGAUUCUAACCCAUGGCGGGUGAUGAAACGAGCAAGUGGAACUCUGAUUACAUGGAAUCAGUUAAAGCGUACCAUUAAAAAGGAACAGCCUUUGUCCAGAAUAGCAACGGUACGCAACAGCAGACGCGACCAGCGAGACGCGGAUAAUGAUCUCACUGCCAAUAUCACUUCUGAUACAUAUCUACCGGACGCUGAACAACUCUGCAAACCCUCUAGUCGCUCUCGCUCUCAGCCAGUCUCAACGAACCAUUAUAUGCAUCGUUUUUCUGGUACUUUACUCGAGCUGUUUAUGCGUGCAAAGGCCGAAGAGAUGAGUCUAGCGAAUCAUCAUCAGAAUUAUGGUUCAUCAGAAAAUGCGCCUCUGUCGAACCAUUUGAAGCAGAACACUACUGCACCGCGUUCUUCACUCCCGUACAAUCAUCAGCUACACAACAUCUCCAAUAAUCUGCUUAUCGAGGCAAGCAAGCAUCCUCUAUUGCGCGGUGAGCGGAUCCUUCCAAAGCAGCUGAACCCAUCGGACUUUUCACGAUUAUCAUCCAGCAUGAUUGCCACGCAGAACACACGGAUAGUUUAUAACUUUGGUGCUCAGUUCCCACCGUCUGAUGCAUCGUGUCAGAUGGCUGACUCAACAAGCUUCACCGGUCCCGCCCCCGUGAGAUGUGUUUCACCCGUGACUUCCGUCACACCGAUCACUCGGCGUGCACUAAAACCUGGAAAUUACGGGCCACUGAGACACAGUCAUCCAAGACCACAAUCUUAUGGUUCCAACAGAGCUGGAAAACAAGUACAGACUUCUCCCUCUUGUUCCAAGUCCUCAGGUUUGGCCACCUGUCUCACCGCUUCUGCUGGCCCAGAUUCCCCUUAUAUGGCAGCUUUGCGGGCUACCUGUGUGGCCGAUGGUUAUUCUGCUGGUUGGUUCGGGAAUCCACGUGCGUCUAUCGCCUAUCCAGGACUUGGAGUACUCUCGAUACCAAGACCAUCUCGCCUCACUAGCGGCUCCUUUUUGUCCCACACACUACCUGAUCUGUCAUUUCUGGGCCAAGCAGGUGCUGAGGAGGAGCGUAAAGGAACACCCACCAUGCCUAAACGCUUUGUUGCUUGCAGAUGCCGCACUCAAUCACAUGCUGCGGAGAACCGAUGCUCCAGAUGUGGUUGUCGCCCUCAGUCAGUCGCCCGUACUGGCUUAUUCAAAGCCAACAACCGCCUGUCUGGAAAAAGGAAGUCGAUGGAGCUGAAGACUUACUCUUUUCCUCCUGAUGCGAUUGAUGGGAACAAUACACUUUGCGCGGUGCCGGAUCUUGUAGCUGGUCAUCCUAGCCCCAUUUUGCGGCAAAGCACUUCUGAUAGUUCGAAUCCUGCGCCUGAUCGAAAUAUUUUCUCGAAAAACGCUGUUCAUUAUCAGCAUGGAGUUGACCGGUCACUAUCUGAGCCCGAUUUGACGUCAACCAGUCGCCUCACAUCGCGAUCGUUUAGGGAUAUUUCCUACGAAAAACCCAGUGUCCUCAUUACAUCCAGUAGUCAUGCUUGCUAUGAUUGGGACUCGACUAAAGGUUCUGGAACGUACAGUCCUCCUAACCGACCGAAAAAGAGCGUCAGUUUCAGCGGCCACAUUCGUCAGCUUCGUUUGCAUGCUGACCGGGCAGGCGCGAAUUCUCCUGCUUCCCCAGAACCGAAAGUGAUUCCGAGGAACUGGGGUCUUUAUGGCCAAGAAACUCCGUUGGCCGAAUUUAACCCCCGAAGCAGUCCUGGGCGUGACGUUCAGCAGCCAGGUCAACUUGCGCGGCAAUCUGAUGUGGAUGUUCGUUACCACGCGAUGGUCAGCGACGUCAUUAAAGCAGUCCAAGAAACAGUUGCUUACUAUUCCACCGCACCAUCAGCCGCCAACUCGGAUGUGCAACCUGUCCCCGAUGGUCGAUCAUGCGUUGAGCCUUUACCUUUCUCUACUGUGGCGAAUUUGGGUAGCACAGGGCGCCAGCCGCUGCUGGCCGUCAUUGGACCAUUGACCGUGCUCUUAUGUGACGGUCUCCUACCACCAACGAAGCCUAUUUUCAUAAGUAAACCCCGCACACGACUUUGGCAGAUGGUUGAGGAAAGCUGCAGACCCGGUCCCCUCACAGGUGUGGCCUACCGUGUGCUCACUGAUGCGGUAACUCAGGUCAAAGCAAUCACCAGUGUGACGUUGGAGAAGGCCAAAUUUAAGGCAUUUUUGUGUGCGUGUCUCAAUGCCAAGGCUUUACCUAUGUGGUUGAACGCUGUCAUUGCGAACGAGACUCUUUUGAAUCGGUUCUACUGUACCGAUGCCUUCGUACGCCAAUGUCGUACGAAUUUACGUGGUUUGUAUGCUGACCUACUCACUCAUUUGGAGCAACUAUUGGCAUAUCCGUUUAAUUUGGAUUUAACUGUGGAGGCUCGCAAGCCUCUCUUUGAUCACAAUUCAACAGCCCAAAAAUACUGUACACCUGGCCAUUCACCUCCCAGCUCUAAUGGACAAGUGGUAAACUCUGUUGCUAAGAAUGCACAACGGUCUCCAGCUCCUCCAGCUGUGGUCGUGACGCGAAAGACGCAUCCGACGGGCAACGCAGUUGGUCAGCUUCCCACUUGGUCGCGAUUCUCCCCACCGCCAUCCGGCUGCAGUAAUGGUGGCAACAGCAAUCUCGCCAACAUUCACCACUACCCGCAGCACCACCUGCCAGGACAACGGGUUGUCUCUGGUAAAACUGUCACCCGCAAUAUGCGCGCUGGUGUUACACAAAAUGAGGAUUUACAGGGAAGUAGUGCAUCAUCUGAUCUCCGCCUGCCGGAUUCUUCUAGAGCCAAGCGACCGACCAGCACUGCAGUGCCCGUCACCAGUCCAGUAUCCUCACAAGUUCGAGGACGCCUUAAGACUGCGUUAUCGACCUUUCGUCGAACCAAUACUGCGACUCCAUCACAGUCCUCUAAAACACCCGACGGAAUGGAUGCGACGAACCGCUAUGCUCUCGGUAGUGGUAUACCUAUGGUAGAUUCUGGCUCUCGGAUUCCUUGUAGACCCGAUGUAUGCUCACGGUCAAGGCCACCGAGAAAGGACAACACUGCAGUCGACCAGUGUGGUUCAAAAUUGAAGCAACCUUCGUCGAUCCCCGGGCCGCGCUGAGGCACUACUCUUUGGGUUUCUCUUGCACACAUGACCUUACUUUUGCAUUUAUCUUUUUCCUGGUGCAAUUAGGCACGCAUAGCGCUGCUCAGCAACCCCAUCACAUGGUUAUGGUCUACGGGUACUUUCCUGAUUAGCGACCUGACGGUGUUUGACUUUUGUUUUCCUUUUUGCCACGAUUUUUUGUUGCAGCUGUUGCUUGCUUAACAGCACUCCCAGUUCCGAUUCUGUGUUUGGUGCUCACUGCUCGUCUUUUAUCUUUUUCCACACUUGCUUCCUCUCCCAACAUUACGCUAUCGUGUCUUUCAAACAGCUCCCGCGACCACCAAUGAUAAUCUGUUUAAAGUUAUUCUUUUUGCACUCACAUCCAAAGGCCGCCAUCUCCAAAUUGUGAUGAACACCGUGACUACUCUUUUUUUAAUCAACAAUCGGGUUCUUUAUUCUCUUGACCAUUUCGGUACAAUGCAUAGCGCCUGUUUCCUCUCUAAUACUCUCUGCUCUCUUCUCUCGGAAGUUUUCUGCAAUUUAAUUUCUUCGCUUCUUUACCAGUAGCACUUUUCAUCACCGUGACAGCUAUCAAGAAUUUGCCCAUCUCAAAAUUUUACCUUUACAUCUAAUCAGUUUAUCAAUUGACGUUUGCAUUCGUUUGUCCGCAUAUCUGCUGUACACAUCCAUCUGAUCUCCUCAUUCGCCACUCUGUGUUGGCCGUUUUUAUAGGUUGUUAUUUCUACCCGAUCGAAUGAUGUAUGUGUAUGCCAUCCGUUCACUCCUCUGUUCUCAUGAUUCCGCCCGCUACUAUCACCUUCGUUCCUUUUUCCUUCAUCAAACGUUUGGUGACUUUACAUACACGCCAAUCUGUGUGCGGGGUUUUUUGACCAUACUAAUUUGCGAUUUGGCUGCUGUAGUGUCCCUUUCUCUAUGAUCAUUAACAUUUCUUCUCGACUU